AUGGCGAAGCGGGUUGCCGACCAGCAACUCACCAAGGAUGGAACAAUGUCUGAUGAGGACGGCUUCUCUGUAGGGUCGCAAAUAGAGGAACCUCAGAGAGCUACGGCGGCGCAGAUGGCACAACGAAGGCUCGCGAAACCUCGAGGUGGUCGUCGGCCUGGGGCCCUACGUCCACCCGCCUCACCAUCGCUUGGCAUGUCCCAGCAGCAGCAACAGAACUCCUUUGGUGAAGGCGACAGAAUCAAUAUGAACGGAACACAGCAACAACAAGGUGGAUUCAGUUUCGGUCAGCAGCCAAAUGGAUUUCAACCCAACCAGAACAGCUCCUCCUUCCCGCCGUUCCCUAGCAACAGCUUCAACCCUUCAUUUGCUGCACCCACAACAGGAUUCAGCUUCAACACGGGCCAAGCCCAGGACGUGAACAAUCCGUUCACUGCCAUCAACACACAUAAUGCUCCUCCGCCCGAGCCGACCGGAUUUCAGGGAACCAUAUUUAAUCUACCACCGCAAAAGAUGAGUCCUUUUCAGAAGUUUCUCGAAGGAGAGCAGAAGCCUUUGUUCGCCGCAGGCGCUCCAAACAUUUCAACAUCAAGUCAGUCGCCGCAACCUCCGAGCAAUCCCUUCAACCAGUCCACCGACCAGCAACAAUCAAGUCAUGCUAGUCUUGGGAUCUUCUCGCAAUCAAAUGCUCAGCAGCAGCCAUCCAAUAAUGCGUUCGGUCAAAGCACAGAGCAAAAAGCCCCGCAGCCCAGCACAGACAUGUUUGCGCACCUCAAGACUCCACAAAACCAAAGCUCCAGUAAUCCUUUCGCACAGAGCAUCUCUCAGUUCCAGCAGUCACAACCCGCGCAACCAACAGCCAAUCUCUUUGCACACCUGGGCCAACCGCAAACGUCGAGCAGUUUCCUCACACAGGGUUCAACGUCCCCGACCCAAGGUGGAAGCUCUAUGAUGCAGACGUCACCGGAUCCUUCGCCGCAGUCACGUCCAUUUGGUUUCUUGAAUAAAUCAAAUGCUCAGACACAGUCAAGUCCUACUAAAGACAGUACUGCUCAGGGCGGAGGUGGCAGCCUUUUCGAUAGGGUCACGAAACCUCCUGCGGAAACGGAUUCUCAAUCUCAAUCAAGUCCAACCAAGGACACAACUGCUCAAGGUGUUGGGGGCAGUCUUUUCGAUAGAAUAUCCAAACCAUCGACCGAGACCAAUGCGCAAACCUUGUUCAGCCCUGUUAAGAACAAUACCGCUACAGACAGUGGUAAUCUGUUCAGCAUGCCGCAACCGCCGGGCACGUCAAAAGCCUCGAACGAGAAUGGAGCAAACAGUCCUACCAAAAUCGGCGAGCGAAAGAUUGCGAAGCCUACCCUCUUUCAAAAUCCUUCAGAAGAUGCGCGUCCGCCAUACAAAGCCAUAUUCGGCAGUCUGAAGAUGCCACCUACCCUCCUACCAUCACCUUCUCCCGCGCCAUCAGCGCCUUCGGCAGUCUCUCAACCUAGCCCUUCGCAGCUCAAGGGCGACUCUGCCUCACCAACUCAUGGCACCAGUAACGUUCCGAGCUCAUCUGUGUCUACUCAGCAGUCCAGUGAACGACCAAAGACAGUGCCAGAUAUCCCCCGCAAAUUUGGGCCGUCACCGGCUCCUGAAGGCUAUAGUGAAGAAGAGGCAAAAAAAUGGUCCCAAGAUUGGUGGGUUUCAUUUUAUGUGCGGCACAAGGAGAAGCGCAUAAAGCAUGCUGAGAGUCAAUGUAAUGAGAGAAUAAAGGCUGUCCUUGACGGAUUUGACCCCUUGGAACAGAUUGUCCGCAGCAAGAGGAAGUCUAUCUUUGAGGAUCGCGAAGGGGAAGAAGAUGAAGUACUAGGGAAAAAGGCUAGAGUCGAAGGCCCGUCAAUUUUCACUCAGGAAUCACGAGGAGCGUUGUCAAAUGGAACUAGCAUAACUCAAUCACCUUCCAAACGCGAUCCUCCAGCCCAGCAAGCGACCAACAAAAACAACAAAAGAUCCGCGGACGAGGAGCCAGAGAGAGACAAUGCGCAGGGCACAGCCGACAAUGGCAAGAAGGCUCGCGGUCAUGAUCCAGUCUCAUAUCCAUCACUUUCAGCUACCUCACCAGGCUCACAAACGUCGAGUAUAUUCAAAAAUAUCUUGGACAAGAAGGAAGAGACCAAAGUCAACGGCACUCAAAAUGACAAAGCGACCCCCCUUUUCCAGUUCCAAGCACCCUCUGGGUCCUCUUCGACUCAGUCGCCAUCGACUUUCAAGCCCUCUUCCACCACUUCGGUGCCGCUUUCGUCCAAGCCUGACACCGAGUCACCAUUCAAAUCUAGCUUUGCCUCUUUCAACCCGACUUCUUCAACACCAAAUUCUAGUCUUUUCGCCAACCAGCAGAGUACCAGCAAUGGUGCGCCAGUAAACAGUUCAACCCCAUCGUUCAAGCCGUCGAGUUCCGCUGCUGCCCCUUUGACGGCGUCAAAGUCAGGUCCUUUCUCUUUCAAGCCUACUACAAGCAGUGAGGCUCCUUCGGAUGCGACCAAAGCGUUGGCAGUCAAAUUCUCAAGCGGUGCUACAACAUCGACAGCAUCUAGUGCCAAUCCGUUUUCUGCCAAGCCACCUACGAGUGGUCAGACCUCAUCUGAAGCUGCUAAAGCUCCAGCAUUCAAGGUUCCAACAUUUGGCGCAGCAGCAGCAUCGAGUGCAUCCAAUCCAAGCCCGUUCUCUAUUAAGACGUCUACUGGUCCGACCUCGUCCGAGGUACCAAAUGCUCCAACGUUCAAAGUACCAACGUUUGGUGCUGGUGCGUCUUCGACAAACUUUAUCUCACAAUUUGGCAAAGCCGCAGAAAAGACCGCGGCAGAAGACAAAAAGAAGCGCAAGGCAGCGGAUUUCGAUUCGGAUGAGGAAGACUUGGACUCAUGGGAGCGUAGAGAUGCUGAAGAGCAGCGGAUGAAGAAGCAAAAGCUCGAGGAGGAAAUCAAAGGCAAGGCUGCCAAACUCAUUGAUGGGAAAUGGGUGAUCGCCGCAGACGCAGACAACGAGAAGCCAAGCACGAGUGCAAAUCAAGCAGAGCCAGCAGACCCUAGUAUUUCAGUGUUAAGUCAACCACUUGCACCGCUGACUAACGGUCACAACAUAUUCGGUCAUUUGUCAGGCGAAGAGUCUGGCGCAGAGGGUAGCAAGACUGGCGAUGCCGAUGAUGAGGACGAUGAGGAUGAAAAGGACGAUGAGACGAACGUACAACAUCAAGUACGUGGACCAUUCGACUACGAUGAUUCAGCAUCGGAGUCAGAUGAGGACGGAGAAGGCCAAUCCAAAGAGCCGAAGGCACUCAGCAACCCGUUCGGCGCAAGUGGGAGUGGCCUCUAUGACACAGCAGAGAAUGCCAACGGAGAGGAUACUGGACGGAGCCUAUUCGAUCGAGUCUCCAGGGACAAAGACGGCAAAUCUAUUCGUGAGAUACCACAAGCAGACGGUCGUGCAGUUUCACAAACAAGCAAUAUCUUCGGUCAAUCCUUCAAGUCUGGUACAUCGAGCAAUCUAUUCAGUCCACCUUCUGAUGCUGCUUCGAGUUUCACAAGCGCGAAUUCCAAAGCUGGAGAUAGUCCAAAGGGCGAUCAUACAUGGAAAGUGGAUAGCCCAAUUAAAUUCGGAGAAUCUGGCAAUCCGCCUGCCGUGAAUGUUACUUCCCCAAGUCCAUCUAAGCCAGCGUUUGGUGGCCUUUUUGGUGCUGCGAAGCCCAAUGUCACGACUGAGACACCAACGAAGCCUACUUCAAGCGUCUCAAGCACUCCUCCAGCAAAGAUUCCCAGUGUCGGCUUCGGUUUUGGCUUCAAGCCUGCCACGGCCUCAUUGGCACCGCCCUCGAACAAUGGGUCUAAUACAACAUCGCGCGCUACAUCGCCGGGUGCCACAACCGGCGAGAGUGCAAACGAGUCUACUGCUGACGGAGAAGACGACAAAGCAGAAAAGCAGGAGCAGAUCGAUCUCACGUCUCCAGGGCCAGGCGAGGAGGACGAGGAUGUUGUCUUGCAGGUGAAGGCAAAAGCGUUGAAGUGGGACGCAAAGUCAUCAAGCUGGGCCAGCAAAGGCGUUGGACCUCUGCGUGUCCUGAAGAAUCGGAAGUCACACCAGACUAGAGUCCUUUUGAGGCAAGACCCCAGUGGCAGAAUCGUCCUCAACUUUGCUUUAUCGAAAUCGUUUACCUACGAGAGCUCGCAGAGCAAGACUGUGAGGGUGCCAAUCGUUGGGGAGAGCGGCAAGAUCGAGUCUUGGUUGAUCAAGGUCGGUGACGAUGACGACGCGAAGAAGUUGGCGAGUGCUCUGGAGGAGAAUAAAAGCUAG